UCCCCCUGGUGCGAUUUGACACGACAUCGACGGCCAUUGUUCAAGUGCCGAUGCACUGUCUCCCCGGAUGAGGACAUCUAUAUUCGUCGCCGCAUUGGGUAAUUUUCGCCUCAUUCUCGAACAUAGGUGGUGCCUCUUCCAGGUCGUUUUUUACCCCACUUGCAACGAUGCGCGUCUCUUGCCUGGCUUACCUGAUCCCACACGGUGAUGUGGUGACUACCGCGCUAUGAUCCUUGCCUGUUCAGUGAGACUCCUCACAUCGGCGGGGUUCAAGUCGGUUAUAAGGUGCUGGGACCGCAGCUUCGAAGGCUGAGGUAUCUCCCUCGACCUGCUUACCCUGAAUAGUUGUUCUCACGUCUCUUCUCCGUAUACAAAAUCCAAUCGAUCUAUAUUCCCAAGUUCAAAAUGGUUUCCCUCCACCCAAUCGUCGACAAGGGCCUGCAAAAGGGUGACCCAAACUUCCAAGGUGGCACCUUGAAAUGCCUCUGCAGCAGCAACCCCGUCGAGAUCAAACUCAAGGGCAACGUUCUGCACCAGCAUCUUUGUGGAUGUAGCCAGUGCUGGCGUCCCAAGGGAGCCUUGUUCUCACAGGUUGCUGUCAUCCCCGAUGGCAACGUUGAGGUGACCAAGAACAAGGACAAGCUCGAGAUUGUGGACAAGAACGCAACCAUCCUGCGCUAUGCAUGCAAGGACUGCGGGGCUCACCUGUAUGGGCCGAUUGAGAAGGACCAUGCGUUCAAGGGUCUCUCCUUCGUUCACACCGACCUCUCCGACGACAAGGGUUGGCAAGAGCCCCAAUUCGCCGCGUUCGUGAGCAGCCUCACUGAGCAGGGCUACCCGCCCGAGAAAAUGGGCGAGGUGCGAGAGAAGAUCAAGGAGCUUGGUAUUGAACCAUAUGAUGCGCUGUCACCGCCGCUGAUGGAUGCAUUGGCAAACUUCGAAGCUGAGAAGUCGGGAAACAAAAGAAAGUUGUGAUCGAAGCACCAAGAAAUGAAACACAUGUCUUGAAAGCAGUGUUUGACAGAGUGAGGCCACAUCCCAUGGCUCAAGGAGAGUGAUGUUGUAGGAGUGCGAUUGUCUCUUGUUAGAAUCAGAGAAUAAAAGUUGCAUCGAAGUGGGCAUUUUGAGG